AUGGUUAUUGAACAUGAUGUUGAGGGAAUGCUAGGCACAACACGGAAAUUACACAACCUGUUAUUAUUCCUGAUGCACUGGAUUAAUUCUCUGCAUGCUUGGUUCUUUCAUCUGGACUUCCGGAAAGAAAGAGAAAUUACAGGUCAGAAGAGUUACACCCCGAAUAUGAUUAGUGGAACAUCUCAAGCCAACAUAGGUGUAUUGGUUAUAUCCGCUAGAAAGAAUGAACUCGAAACUGGAUAUGAAAGAGGUGGACAAACACGUGAAGAUGUUCAACUUGCAACGACGCUAGGAGUUUCUAAGCUCCUUCUUGUUGUAAAUAAGAUGGAUGAUCCUACUGUCGUCUGGUCUAAAGAAAGGUAUGAAGAGAUCCAAUGAAAAAUGAUACCAUUCUUAAAAUCAUCUCAAUACAAUGUAAAGAAAGAUGUUCAGUUCCUGCCAAUCUCUGGUCUCCUAGGUUCAAAUAUGAAAACUUGGGUGGAGGAAGGAAUAUGCGAAUGGUGGGAUGGUCCAUGCCUUUUUGAAGCUUUUGAUGCGGUAGAAGUUCCUCUGCAAGAUCCUGAAGGUCCACUAAGAAUUCCUAUUAUCGACAAAUUUAAAGACCCGGGAACUGUUGUUAUGGGUAAAACAGAAUCUGGGAGCAUUUGUGAAGAUGAUAGUUUGUUGAUGAUGCCAAAUAAGGCUGUUGUGAAAGUACCUGCUCUAUUCUUUGAUGAAGAUAGAGUUAGAUACACAGAUCCGGAAAAUGUACGAGUUAGGUUAUAAAUCGAGGAAGAGGACAUUUUGUCUGGUUUUGUCUUGUGCAGUGUUAUGUUUUCUUCGGACACCCUUAACCUUUCUGUCAGCCGAGAGCUCGAGGAAGAACUUCCUGUGGAACAAAGUCAUGCAGUUACAGUACUUGAUUUGAGGAAAAUUACUGAUGGUCUUUUGAGAUAUUCAUGUACUGUAAAGAGGAUAUUCAUAGCAAAGCCCAUACCUGCAGUUACUGAGUUUGUUGCAGAGUUACAGAUCUUGGAGCUGUUGUUCAAUGCUAUUUUUACUGCUGGCUACAAGGCUGUGUUGCAUAUUCAUGUUAUUGUUGAGGAAUGCGAGAUUGUUGAACUGAUGCAGCAGAUUGAUAUCAAGAAAAAGAAGUCCAUGAAGAAAAAACCUUUGUUUGUGAAGAACGGAGCAAUCGUUCUAUGUCGUGUUCAGGUGAAUAAUCUGAUUUGUAUCGAGAAGUUCUCUGAUUUUCCACCACUUGGGCGGUUCACUCUUCGCAGUGAAGGAAAAAAGAACCAUUUCGCCUUGGAAAACUGUUGCUGUGGGGAAAGUUACCACCCUUCCUACUGUUGCUAAUAAUGCGUGAACAACAUGAUAACUGAAAAGGUGAAUUUCCUGUUAUCUUUUCAGUGUUAAUAUCUGUUGUAAGUGAGUUUAUCUGUCACUUGCCAACUUCUGUCUUUAGAAAACAACAUCUCUACCUCCACGAGGCAGGGGUAAGGUCAAGGCCCCUGUACACUCUACCAUUCCUAAACUCCACUUAUGGAGGAAAGGUCAGUUGAACUUAGAUGACAGCAGACACAAUUUUUGGUCCUUUGCAGCAUUAACCUGGAGCUAAGUUGAUGUGAUCUGCUAUAUAUGCGCAAACGUUCACCAGUUUAGUCUCUGCCUUCUGUGCUAUUGGUUCUGGUAUCCGUUAUAGUUUUAUAUUUCCAUCUGAUCAUGGUGCAUGUUAUUUAAUGCUGUGCUGUAUGAAUCUAUUUUGAGUUCGGUAGAGGAUAGAUCCAUUUUACAUGCUAGUCGAUCUUAUAUAUGCACCAAAAAUACCAAUAAUUGGACCUUUGCUUAAUCCUUUUGAAAUACAAUUGCAUUGGUCGCCGUGUAUCGCAUAGAAAACAUCAUUUUAUAUGUAUUUGCAUAAUAUUCAUACCA